AAUAGACCAGGCAGAAAGACUUGCACUGCUCUAAGAUUAAGAGACCCUUCUGAGUCCACCCGGUCUGCUGCAGUGCAAGAAACGUUUUCUAGCAUUUUAUUCGCCGUGCUUAUUAGAGCGCCAAGCAGUACGAAAUCGGACCCUGACGUUUUGGCGUUUACUUCGUUAAAGGUCACGUGACUGUGAGAGCCGAGGCAGGGAAAUGGAGAGCAGCUGACAGCACAUGGACUAAAAUACUUCUAUUUUUCCAUUGUGCAGAGGUUGUUGGAAUUCUUCAGCGGGCCUGGCUUACCUUAUAUGGAAGACCAGCAUUUCAUUUCUGAAUUACAGUGAGGUGCAACUUAAACGGUUAAAAAUGGCCUAAACUUUGAUCCAGACAGCGCUCUGUCAUUCAGAUGAAUAAUCUCAGGCAAUACGUUAUGAUACUUUUUGAGUGGGUAAGCUUUUGGCUGAAAUGCAUUCUUAGAAGGAUUUUGGAUGCUUUUCCAAUAGUCAACAACUGGAUAGCGUCAUCAGCUGUCACACACAGAGCAUUAUGCCAAACAGACUCAGAGGAAUGGAAGACUAAUGAAGCGCUACGCACAUAUCUCCUUGGAGAUGGUGAUGAAACCAAGGUUACAGUCCAAACCAGCCCACAUACAUUUCUUGUGAACCUACAAAGACUUUCAGAGUGCAGUGAGUACUUCCGAGCUUUGUCCCAGUCCAGCAUGAGAGAGACCUCUGAGAGCCUCAUCCACAUGGAUCACGUGUCCUCUUCCAUCUUCCACAAUCUGCUUGAGUUUUCCUUCAAUAAUAAUUUCAAAGUUCCCCAAAAUGAGUUGGGAACACAUAUCAAGGUAAGCAACUAUCUUCUAGCAGAUGCCUUCCUCUCAAAGUGCCUGUCAGUCCUGACAGAUGAGCUCAGCCCAUCUAACUGUUUGUCAUACCUGAGUCUUGCUCAUGAGAUCUUUUGUGUGGAACUGAAGAUGACAGUACUGACUUACUUGAGUAGAAACCUGCUGGAGCUCCCAGACAUCAUCAGGUGCCUGAAUGAAGAGGAGAGGGAAGAAGCUGUCCACUUGAGGACUCGAGGAGACCGACACCUCUGCACCCUACGGAAAGAGAACCUGAGUUCUUGGAAGGAUCCAGAAACAGAACAUGCACGACACAUCUUCACCCUGCAAGGAUCAGAGGACAGUAGAGAUUGGUGUCCAGUUACAGAGCUUCCCUUUCGGGCUGAUAAAUGGUGUAUUACAACAGUGGUGCUUUACAACUACUUGUAUGUCAUAGGAGGUUACAGGGAGCGUAUGAAGAGAGGCUGGGAGUUCAGCAUGGCUUCCUUUCGAUACAAUCCCUUUACUCAUACGUGGGUCACCACAUCUCCUCUGAUAAAACACAGAAGGCACUUCAGUGCAGUGGCCUGUGAAGGCUGUAUUUACGCAGUGGGAGGCUGGUACUUGGAUUCUCUAGUAACUCCAGACUCCAGCACAGCUCUCUACACAGCUGUAGAGUGCUAUGACCCAUGGAAAGAUAAGUGGAGGUUUGUGUCCUCAUUGCCACUCACUGACUUCCAGUUCACCAUGUCUUUGUCCCAUGAUGUUCCUCUUGCUACAACCCUUGGACAGUGUAUCUAUGUGCUGGGGAGCAUCCAGAGGACUGGAGAGAAGUUGUUACUGCAGUACAACACAAAGAAAGAUGUAUGGUCUGAACUGCUUCCCACCCUUACCAGAGCCAGCGUAGAUCUCCCUACACUUUACUUCCUGGGGGCCACGGACAGGCUGCUUGUGAUUGGUGGCAACAACUCAGAGAAUGUGGUAACCUCAUUCUGUGUGGAGUCACAGAAAUGGGGGCCGGUGUACAGCGCUGAGAAAGUGGCAUUUGCAGGUCAGGGGACAGUGGCUGGUGAUCAGAUCCUGAUGAUGCCGAGUGUUGAGCACAACACUGUUGUUAGCAUGGACCUCCAAACGCUCUCCAUGGCUGAGGCACAUCAGGCGGUAGGCUUCCAGUUCACUGUGCGCCCAGAUGGUGUGGACUUUAAACUGAGCCAAGAAGUCAUCAAAAAUAUCUACCUAUCAGGAGUGACAGCAUGGAAGAAGAAAGCCAUUCAAUUCAAGAAUGGUGUAUUGGCAGGAGUCUACCCUGCCAGUCCAUCCAGUUGGCUAAUAGUUGUAAUUGCCAUGAUGAGCUCUUUAUAUAUCCACAUAGACCUGUCUCUGGGAAUGAUGGAUACCAUCAAGGAAAACCUACCAUAUCGAGACUGUAUGUCAGUACAGACACGAGCAGUGCUGAGUGCCAUCCUGUUUGCCACAGGACUGUGGCUGUUCCUCAUCUACCUCCUGAGAUACACUCUUAAAGCUCUGCUGUCCUAUCAUGGAUGGAUUUUUGAGUCCCAUGGAAAAAUGAGCACAUCAACUAAAGUGUGGCUGUGCCUGGUAAAGAUGUUUUCUGGACGCAGACCCUUGCUCUACAGUUUCCAGGCCUCCUUACCCAGGCUUCCUGUGCCCAGUGUGGAUGAUACAAUUCACAGGUACCUUGACUCAGUUCGACCUCUGCUGGACAAUGAGCAGUACAAUAAAAUGGAGCUUUUGGCCAGUGAUUUUAAAGAAAACAAAGCAGCCCAACUGCAGAGAUGCCUAAUCUUAAAAUCAUGGUGGGCAACAAAUUAUGUAAGUGACUGGUGGGAGGAGUACAUUUACCUCAGGGGCAGGAGUCCUAUCAUGGUCAACAGUAACUUCUAUAUAAUGGACCUCUUGUAUGUGACCCCAACACACCGCCAGGCUGCAAGAGCAGGAAAUGUGGUACAUGCCAUGUUGCAAUACAGACGCAAACUGGAACGUGGUGAACUUGCACCGCUGAGGGCUUUGGGGACUGUUCCUAUGUGUUCUACUCAGAUGGAGAGGAUGUUUAACACCACUCGCAUCCCUGGCAUUGAAACAGAUUUUGUGCAGCACCUGACUGAUCGGAAACACCUGGUUGUCUUCCACAAGGGUCGGUUUUUCCAGGUGUGGCUUUACACUGGAGGCCGUCACCUUUUGCCCAGUGAACUUGAAACACAGUUUCAAAGGAUUCUCAAUGAUACAUCAGAACCUCAACCAGGAGAGCUCAAACUAGCUGCCCUGACAGCAGGAUACAGGGUUCCAUGGGCUCAGGCUCGGAUAAAAUAUUUUAGCCAGGGCAUAAACAAAGUAUCCCUGGAUGCAAUCGAGUCAGCUGCCUUCUUCCUGACAUUGGAUGAUGAGCCGCAGGGUUACGAUCCUGCAAAGACCAACUCACUUGAUAGCUACGCCAAGUCCCUGCUGCAUGGAAAAUGUUAUGACAGGUGGUUUGACAAAUCUUUUACAUUGAUCUCUUAUCCAAAUGGAAAAAUGGGUGUUAAUGUUGAACAUUCUUGGGCUGAUGCACCAAUUGCAGGACACAUGUGGGAGUGUGUUCUAGCAACAGACUGCUUCCAUCUUGGAUACACUGAGGAGGGACACUGUAAAGGGGAUGUGAACAAAAACCUGCCUCAUCCCACUCGACUACAAUGGCAGAUUCCAAAUGAGUGCCAAAAUGUCAUUGAAACAUCAUACCUCUCAGCCAAGCAGAUAGCUGAUGAUGUGGACUUCCAUGGCUAUCUGUUUGCUGAGUUUGGGAAAGGCCUGAUCAAGAAGUGCAGGACAAGCCCUGAUGCCUUUAUUCAGCUGGCCUUGCAGCUGGCCCAGUUUAGGGACCAGCGUGUGUUCUGUCUGACGUACGAAUCAUCCAUGACACGUAUGUUCAGAGAUGGGCGGACAGAGACAGUGCGCUCCUGCACUUCUGAGGCAGUUGCAUUCGUCAGAGCCAUGGAGGACGCCGGUGCGACGAAUACCCAGAGACUUGCCCUGUUUCGGAAAGCAGCAGAAAAGCACCAAAACAUGUAUCGUCUGGCCAUGACUGGUUCUGGGAUCGAUCGUCACCUUUUCUGUCUCUAUAUAGUAUCUAAAUACCUUGGUGUUGACUCACCAUUUCUUACUAAGGUGCUUUCGGAGCCCUGGAAGUUGUCCACCAGCCAGACUCCACAGCAGCAGCUCAAUUUAGUUGACAUCAACAAGUUCCCGAAAUAUGUGGGGGGUGGGGGUGGAUUCGGCCCUGUAGCUGACGAUGGUUACGGUGUGUCUUAUAUCAUUGUUGGGGAAAACCUCAUCACAUUCCACAUCUCCAGCAAGUUCUCCAGUCCUGACACAGACUCAUAUCGGUUUGGUCAGCAUAUUCGAAAGGCCAUGCUUGACAUCCAAGCUCUCUUCAAGCCUGAAAAUGAUAAGACAGCACAGAAUGCAAAGUAUGUCCAUCUGGAAAAUGGGAAAAAGCACAUAUAACAGAGAGUGUGGCAGGGUAUGUUGGAUUUGGAGCACAUACAACCUGUGACUCAGUCUUCAUUCAUAAAAAUAAAACAAGGCUCUGGUGACAGGUUGGGCUGCUGUGGUGAGUCACAGCACAGGAGCUUGGCAUUCCUCUCAGACAAAAACAAUAUUUAUUACACAUCUAUGUUUUCCUGUUUAUAUUCGGGGAUAAACAAAUGUAUUUCUUUUUACACAAUAGUUCCUCACAUACCACCCUAACUGUAUAUAAAUCCAAUGUAAUGUAAAUAAAGCUACAAUAUGUAUUUAUUCAUGAUCUCAUGAAAGCUGUAAAUAUAUCUGCCAAAAGAAUGUGUCCUUGUAUUUGCAGAUCUAAAUUAUUUGUUACGUGCCGGUAUUUAAGAAUUUGCUGUUGAUUUUAAGGCGGCUGUCAUUAGUGAUUAAAAAUAUAACACACUAAAUGCAACUAAUGCA